AUGGCGAGCGCCGCCGGGCGCCCUGCUUCUUCGGCCCUGUCGCCGGGCGGCGGGGCGGCGCCUGGGCGCGCGCGGCGCUCCUCCGAGGCGAAGCGCCCACGGCCGUCGACGAGCCCGCAGGAGGCUCCCGGCGCCUGCGGCUGGUCGGACAGCCGCCGCGUGGCCCUCAGCACCCCCUGCCCGGGCGAACGGCGGUGGGACGGCCCUGGCCAGGCCCUCGUGCAGGCCGAGACGCCUGGGGCCUGCUUGGACCGCGUGCUGCGCGGCCGCCUGCACCAGCUGGAGGGGCGCCUGUCUGGCCUGGAGCGGGCCCGCGAGGAUGGCCCAUUGUCCCGCACCGGCACCGCGCUCGAGGCACGCUUGGGAGGACUCGAGCGAGCCCUGAAGAGCAAGGCCGACGCGGAGGACCUGAGGGCGCUCGCGGGCAGCUUCUCCGGCGUCGAGGGGCACGUCAGACAGGCCCUCUCGCGUCGAGACGCAGGCGCUGAGCUGGUGGCGCGCGUGGAGGCCGAGCUGGGCUUGGUGGGCGGUCGGUUGGACGCGCUGGAAGCCCGGGGGCCCAGCGAGGAGGCUUUGGUCAAGCUGCAGGAUGCCAUGCUGACGGCGCAGGGGGAGCUGCGGAGCAUGCAGCGGGGCGAGCGGGAGCGCGCGAGCCGCGAGGACGUGCGCGCGUUGGCCGAGUCGGUGCGCGGGUUCGCGGCCCAGGUGACGGGCUUCGACCAGGCGCUGGGCGACAUACCCGAGCGCCUCUCGCAGCUGGGCGCCGAGGUUUCCAGGAUGGAGCAGCAGGUCCACGAGCGGCUGCAGGCCCUGGAGGAGGCCGUCCGCGGCGGGUGCGGCGCGGACCGCCUCGAGGAGCUCAGCGGCGGCCUGGCGGCGGUGCGCUCGCAGGUCCGCGAGCAGCUGCAGGCCCAUGAGGCACUGCGCGAGGCCUGCGAGGGGCUGCGGGCCCCAGGCACUGCGCGCGGCGGCGUGGAGGCUCGCAGGCGGCUCGAGGAGCUGGACGUCGACCUGGCGGAGCUGCGCCAGCAGGUCCGCGAGCGGCUGCAGGCCCUGGAGGAGGCCGUGCGCGGAGGCGACGGCCCUCGCGGCGAGGGCCGCCUCGAGGAGCUGAGCGGCGACCUGGCGGCGGUGCGCUCGCAGGUCGGGGCUGUGGAGCAGCUGCUGCACGAGUACCUGCGCAUGAACGUGACGGACCUCACCAUCGUCUUACCUACGGACCAGCUGACCGGGGUCGUGGAGAAGGUCCAGCAGCAGGUGGACGAGUGCGGGCGCGCCCUGGAUGAGAAGGCCUCCGAGGGCCUGGUGCGGCGGCUGAUCGACCAGGCCCUGGCGGAGCACCCUCCGGGCGGCCUGCAGCGGGGCGGCCUCACCGUGGAGGACCUGCGCGCCCGCGUGCUGGGGCUCGAGCGCGCCGCGGGGCGCGGGGCGGCCGUCGCCGACCUCGAGCGCGUGGUCGCGUCGAUCUCCCAGCUGGACAGCAGGGCCACCAGGGCGGACGAGGCGGCGCGGGCGGCCAGGGAGAGAGCGGACGAGCUCGCGGCUGCCGUUGGCGAGAUCGCGGGUCGCAUGCAGGAGCUGGGCGCCGCGACCUCCGACACCGGGGAGAGGGCCCGCGAGGCCAGCGAGGAGGCGGCGCGGGCCCGCGCGUGCGCGCACGAGCUGGAGCGGCUCCGCGCGGACGUGGAGGACCUCCGGGCCCAGGCCGCGGCCGCGGCGAAGGAGAGGCAGCAGGCGGGCCAGAUCCGCCAGGAGUCGCUCCUCGCCGCCGCGGAGAGGGCGGAGAAGGGGGCCGCCCUCGCCGGUGAGCGGGUGCAGAAGGUGGAGUCCACCGUCGCCAGCGUCUGCACGCAUCUGCACAGCAUUGAGCGGACUAUGGAGGACAAGGCGGGGCAGCUGAGCAACGUGCUCGCCUCGGUCCGGGCCGACCUGUCGCGUGUGGACCAGGCCGCGCAAGCCAGGCGGGGCGACGAUCCGUCGCUGCGGGCCACUGUGACCGCACUCCAGUCCGAGUUCCGCGAGGUGGCGCAAGUCGUCCGCGAGAAGGCUGGCCUCGGGACGAUGCAGGGCCUGCGGGGCACGAUGGCGAAUCUGCAGUCGCACGUCGCUGGCCUGGAGCGGACGCUGCAGGAGAAGGUCGACGCGCAGCAGGCGCAGCAGCUCGCGACGGACGUGUCUGGGCUGCAGGCCAAGGUGUCGAGGCUGGAGCAGGGCUGGAAGCAGAAGGCCGACAGCCGCGACGUGCAGCAGCUCCAAGACGCGGUGGCGCGCGGGCCCCGCGGCGGCGAGCGCGGGGGCGGCCAGCACCUGGACGGCGCGGUGUCGAACCUCCGCCAGCAGGUCGCGAACCUCGAGCAGGCGAUGCAGGCCCGCGCCGGGGCCGCGAGCGGCGCCGAGCAGGCGGGGGCCCAGGCGCAGGCCCAGCAGCAGCAGCUCACCGCUGCCGUGGCCUCCAUGGAGGGGCGGCUCGCAGACGUGGAGCGGGAGGUGCAGGCCAAGGCGCCCGCGGCGCAGCUGCAGCAUCUUCGUGGCGCCAUCGCGGCCGUGGAGAGGCGGGUAGUGGGCGUGGACCAGUCGCUGCAGGAGAAGGCCGACGCCGACCAGCUCGGCCAGCUGAAGAGCACCGCCGCCAGCCUGCAGUCGCAGGUCGCCAGCCUGGAGCAGCUGCUCGCAGAGAAGGCUGGCCCGGAAGCAAUCCAGCAGCUCAAGGGGUUAUUGGGCGGGCUUCAGGCGCAGGUCCAGGGCCUGGAGCAGUCCCUGCACGACAAGGCCAGCGCCAGCCAGCUCCAGCAGCUCCGGGGCGCCCUGUCCAAGGCCGAAGCGCGGACCGCCACGUUGGAGCAGGACCUGCAGACGAGGGCGCAGUCGAGCGCCCUGCAGCAGCUGAGGGAGGUGGUGUCGGCGCUGCAGUCUAAGCUCGGCUGCGUGCAGGAGCGCGUGGGCGCGGGGCCCGCGCUCCAGAGCCUGACGUGGGCCCAGCCCGCGGGCGGCCUCUCCAGGAUGUCCCCCUGGUACGGCACCACCUCGAUCCUGAUCGCGGCGCUCGCGAACAAGAAGUGCGCCCUGCCACUUCAGGUGAUCGAGAGCCUGGUCGCCCACUUUUACGCCUUCAUCUCCGACUCGCGGGUGCUGCCACUCGUGUGGCACCGCGCGCUGCUGAUAUUCGUGCAGCGCUACAAGUUCGAACUGAGCGACGACCAGAGGCGCAGGAUACGAGAGCUGAUCAAGGUGCAUUGCCACGACGCUGUCGGCCCCGAGGUCAGACGCGAGCUGCUUGCGCCCCGCCCAGGCGUCGCCCCGCCGGCGGCCGCAGGGGGGGGCCCGGCGCCGAUGGACACGAACUGA